AGAUGUGCAUGCUCUUACUUUGUUCAUAGUCUAUUUCAGCAACCAGAUUUGUAGUUGCAAUAAGAUGAGAGGUUUUGUCUUCCUUUUUUGGAUAGUCAUGUUUUUCUCAUAAAGUUUAAACCUUUCUCUUUCUUUCACCGUUUCACUUUUACCCCUUUUGACUAAAACGACAAAGCCUGUUUCCGUGGUUAUACUUCAACGUGUUCACUUGUGGUGCUCAAAUUUGAUGCUUUUAAAUUUAAUAAUGAUAAAUGAAACAUAGAAGAAAAGAAAAACAAGAAGUUGUUUUUCUUUGUUUUUAAGUUUAUUUUGUUAUGUCAUCACUUCAGCUUCAAGCCAUCAAUGGAAAAUCUCAGCUUUUAGUGAGGACUCCAUUCCCAAACAAGAAAUGUGUCAGAAAACCCUUCAUUUUGAGACCACAGGCUGUUUCCUCCAAAACCCAGAGGAUAAUGGAGAGUGUUUCUGUGAGUGGAGAAGUUGGUGGUGCUGGUGGAGCAUACUCAUAUCAAGCUUUGAAAAGAUUAGACCAGCUAUGGUCAAACAUUUGCUCACCUCAACAAGUUGUGCAAGAACCUCAACAAGUUGUCUCUACAAUACCAAGCUUGUUUACCUCAUCUGAUCUUGCUGACAAAGCAGAAGGCUCAUAUGAUGUGAUAGUGUGUGGAGGUACUCUUGGAAUUUUCAUUGCCACAGCCUUGUGUGCUAGGGGUCUUCGAGUUGCCAUUGUCGAAAGGAAUGUGUUGAAAGGGAGAGAACAAGAGUGGAACAUAUCAAGAAAGGAGCUUUUGGAGCUUGUAGAAGUUGGAGUCUUGGAAGAAGAUGACAUCGAAAGAGUCACAUCAGCAAAAUUUAAUCCUAAUAGAUGUGGAUUUGAAAGGAAAGGAGAGAUAUGGGUCAACAACAUUCUUAAUCUCGGUGUUUCACCUGCCAGGCUUAUAGAGAUUGUAAAGAAACGUUUUAUCUCCCUUGGUGGAGUCGUUUUCGAGGGUUUAAGUGUCUCAUCCAUAAGUGUUUACGACGAUGCUGCAAUUCUGAAACUUUCCGGUGACAAAAUUUUGUCAUCUCGUCUUAUAAUCGAUGCAAUGGGGAACUUUUCCCCUAUUGUAAAACAGAUACGACGCGGGAGGAAGCCUGACGGUGUUUGUCUAGUUGUUGGAACCUGCGCGCGUGGCUUUGAAAAUAACUCCCUUAGCGAUGUGAUAUUCAGCAGCUCAACCGUAAAGAAAGUUGGAGAUUCGAAAGCACAAUAUUUUUGGGAGGCAUUUCCAGCAGGCUCGGGUCCACUUGAUCGUACUACUUAUAUGUUCACUUAUGUAGAACCUCAACCAGGAUCCCCGAAACUGGAAGAAUUGUUGGAAGAAUACUGGGAUCUUAUGCCAGAAUAUCAGGGUGUUUCACUUGACAAUUUAGAGAUACUGAGAGUUAUUUACGGCAUAUUUCCAACAUAUCGCGAAAGCCCACUACCAGCGGCUUUUAGCAGAGUUUUGCAGUUUGGUGAUGCUAGUGGCAUACAAUCACCGGUAUCAUUUGGAGGUUUUGGGAGUUUAACAAGGCAUCUUGGGAGACUGUCAGCUGGAAUACACGAAGCAAUCAGUGGUGAUUAUCUUGACUCAUACAACUUGUCUCUGUUGAAUCCAUACAUGCCCAACUUGAGUGCUUCAUGGUUGUUCCAAAGAGCAAUGUCAGCGAAGCAACAGUCCGAAGAUGUUCCUGAAGAUUUUAUCAAUGAACUCCUUUAUGCCAAUUUUAGUUGUAUGCAGAGGCUUGGGGAUCCCGUGCUACGGCCAUUUCUGCAGGAUGUCGUACAGUUCGGGCCACUUUCAAAGACACUAGGACUGGUUAUGUUAACAAGGCCUCAAAUACUCCCAUCCAUAUUCAAACAGGUUGGUAUUCCGGUACUACUUGAUUGGUCCAGACAUUUUGUGAUGCUUGGUUACUACACAUUGCUCGCAACCUUUGCGGAUCCGAUUGUGAGGCCGUUUCUAAAUACACUACCAUCUAAGACGAGUUUCCGGUGGAAACGACAUCUCGAAGCUUGGAAAUAUGGAUCUGGUCUUGAUUACAAGCUAUAGGAACUACUUAUAAACAAUUUCUUUUAACAGUUUCAUAGCAUGAUCCUCAGCAAUGUUGUUAAGCGACUUAUUAUAUUUAAGAAUCGAUUAUUCGUGAGUUUUACCAUAUAAGAAUCGAUUAUUAGGAAGAUCUCAUUACGACUUGUUGAAAGUGAGAUCAAUAUGUCGAAUUCAUUUCUAUCAAUGUAAUAACUUAUGAAACCA